AUGAACGGAUCAAGACUGUGUAGUCUUUUGGGUGAACUGGGCUACGAAGGGCGUGAGGUGUCAGAUCCUGACAGCUUUGAAUGGCCUUUCCAGUAUGAGGAGGCUCAUCCCCUCCUUGAGUGGAUCUGCUCUAGUCUUCGUCCCACAAAUGUUCUCUCUGGUACUGAUGUCUCUCAGUAUGAACAGUUUCUAAAAGAAGGGAAGUUAUUAGAGGGGGAUGACUUGGAUUGUGCUUAUGAUAGCAUUUUACCCUUUUCAAGUAGGAGGGAUGACCAGGACACAGUUUUUGGUGCUGAAGAAGGAUUGAAAGAUAUCCAAGAUGCAACUUUGGCAUACAAAACUGAGGCUCUAGAUUUGCAGAAACAGCUAAAGAACCUACAAUGCCAAUAUGAUUUGCUUACUGGCCAUGCUUCACCUUUGAUCCAAGGAAGAAGAUCACGGGUGACCGCAACAUCCACAGUCAAUGGAAAACUUGCUGUAAUUGAUGAUGGGCUUUCAGCAAGAAAUUUAGAGAUGAAUGCGUUGCUUGGAAUGAUUAUUUCUACUGCACAGGAGUUGUCUCACUAUCUUUCAGGGGACGAGGAUAGCAUUUACUUGGCUUAUUCAGAUUUUAGUUCAUUCUUGCUGCAAGAUUCUUCAUGUUCAAAGGAGCUGAACCAAUGGUUUGUGAAGCAGUUUGAAACUGGUCCUUUCCAAUUAGUGGCCAAAGAUGGCAAAGCAAAAUCUUCAUGGUUGAGUCUUGAGGAAUUUUCAGAUAGUGGAGUACAAAAUUCAGAAAAAUCUUGUCAUCAACAUGGAGCUGAGUUGCAAAGGCUUCGUACCGUAUUUGGAACAAGUGAAAGACAUUGGGUAGAAGCUCAAGUUGAGAAUGCUAAACAGCAAGCUAUUCUUGCAGUAAUUAAAUCCCAAAUAGCACUGGAUGAAGCGCACAUUCAUGUUGAUCUUCAUUCUCUUAGGAGACGACAUUCUGAUUUGACAAGGGAGCUCUCGAAUCUAUACCAGAAACUGAAUUUAUUGUCUGAGACUAUUCCAGAUCGAUGUUGGGAGCUUGCUCGACUUCAAGAAGCAUAUAUUUCGCAAGGUGAUUAUGAGUUAAAGGUUAUCCACCAGGAAGCCUAUACUGGUCGGCAAAAGGUUUUCAUACAACAUUUAAUUAAUCAGCUUGCUGGGAACCAGUUUCUAAAAAUAGCUUGCCAACUGCAGCAGAAGACCAUGCUGAGUGCAUAUUCAUUACUUAAAGUUAUUGAAUCAGAACUGCAUGGGUACCUGUCAGCAACCAACAGCCGAACCAGCUGUUGCCAAUUACUGAUUCAAGCUGCAUCUGAAGAACAUGAACGGGGAGCUGUCAAUGAUCAGGAUACUUUUUUGCAUGGUGUGAGAGAUCUUGUAAGUAUUCUUUCAAGGGCUCAAGGUGGUUUAUCAACAUAUGUAUCUGCGCCAGGUAUUGUUCAGCAGAUAUCUAGUCUUCAUUCAGACUUGGUGACCCUCCAGUCUGAGCUUGAAAAUUCCCUUCCAGAGGACAGAAAUAAAUGUAUCAUUGACCUGUGCACUCAUAUUCAAAGUUUGCAGCAGCUAGUUUUUGCAUUCUCAACUACUGCACAGCCAAUUUUGACAGCUUGGCCGUUAAUGAGAGAACUUGUAGAAAUGGAAAAUAUUAACACACAACUAUCUGCGGCUGUUGAAGAAGUGACACGUGAGCAUCGUGAAAAAGCUGAGAUAAUAAAACAUCAUCCGCAUGAGGUGGGGCGGGAGAGGCAGGUCUUUGUUGACUUUGUCUGCAACCCAGAGCGUCUCAGGAACCAAGUGAGGGAAUUGAGUUCAAAGGUUAAUGCUCGGCAAGUUUAGAUAUCAUCUUUCACACCCUUGAAAGUGUGGAGAUGCUUUAAUUUUGAUCACCUGAGGCUAUCAUUGUGAGUAGAUACCAAUUCCAUUCCGAUUUCUUUUGAUAGUCAUGUAAAAAGCACUUAAUUAUUCUAUCAGCGGC